AUGGCAGAGUUCAGUAUUCUGACCCCUAAUGCCAUGCUUGGCUAUGGCUACAAACUCGAGCAUUUCUGGUACGGCGUUGAGCAAUACUCCCCAAAAGCCAUUAUCGUCGACAGUGGCUCUACCGAUGGCGGCCCCUACAAAUUGGGCUUGAAUAAGAUGACCUGCGGUCGCGACUCAUAUGUCCGCGAUCUAACUCCUAUUCUGCAAGCCUGUUUUCACAAGAAGAUUCAAGUACUCAUUGGAUCCGUGGGCGGAGAUGGUAGUAAUAAGCACGUCCAGGAAAUGUUCGAGAUUAUUCGGGAAAUCGCCGCCCACGAGGGAUUAUCUUUCAAAGUGGCGACCAUCAAUGCAGGAUUCCGACGGGAUCUACUUACACAUCGCAUCGUCAACAACAUGGUGUCACCCUGCGGUCCCGUGGAAGAACUGACGGUUGAAAGUGUUGAUCGUGCCAUUGACCUCGUCGCCCAGAUGGGUGCAGAACCGUACGUCCAUCCCCUUCCUCGUGUAUUCCCUGCUCACCAGGUACCUCGUCCGACAGCUUCACGGAGGCCCUGA